UUUGUCGCAUCAGUAUGUCAAGGGGUGAGAGGGGUUUGCAAUGAGGUUUUACGAGGCAACAGAGGAAACUCCAUCUCUAUCUCUGCUGAAUUGUCCCUAUUCCAUCCUGCAAAGUCAAUAGAAGCAGCAUUGUCUCAGGGAUGGGUAGCACAGGUGUGCUUUCAAUCGCACCCCAGUUUGGAAUUCAUUUCUUUACAUUUUCUUCUAUUCCUCAGGUGUCCACAAAUACCCUGGAUGUGCAUUCAGCAUCUUCCUGAAAUAGAAGAACAUCCGGGAGUGAAAACAAUAAAUGUGUGGGAGUAGAGGAGCUUUUCAUAUCAUUUAAGGGCUAUCUCAUACCCACCCUCCCUCUGAAAAUAUUUUGCCAACUCCCUUCCCCCAAUUUUAGUAACCUGUCAAGCAUGCAGAACCAAUGCCCGGAUUUAGCAACGCUGCAAAUGUUGGAGGGAGACACUUGAAAGACUGAGCUCUACAUGAGGUGUCUCCCCUGAGACCUCCUCGAGAGAUCCCAUUUCCUUUGGGCUUCCUUGCUGCCUUUCAGUAUCUUCAGGAGCUCCUGGGGCUGAUAAAGUUCAGGAGAGGCCACAUUCAGAUCAUGUGAAAGGCGAGAGUGUCUGGUGCUCUAAGGCUCACAUCACUUACAUUUCCUUUUCCAAGGGAAGGACAAGGAAAAGGGAAAGUGAUGAACACAGCACACAAUGACUCCAAUGUGACCGUAGGUGAUAAGGGAGAGAAAGAGAGAGCUCAGAGCUCUCCAGCUUCUAAUUGAUGGGCCAUUAGGAAACUGCUGUGAAUUGGCCCAUGCUGAGCUUUGUCAGUGACAAGAAGGGACAAGAGGAACAUGAGGAUAAUGGAGGUUUGAGGGGGUCAUGUGGAAUUAGGGAGCACCCAGCAAGGAAUGCUUGUGAGGCUGUGCAGUCCCAGCCAUCGGGUUCUCCAAAAGCCAUCUGGAUUGAGAGAUUAGCAGGGACCGCAGAGAGCUGAGGACACCUCGGGAGGGUGAGAAACCUCAGCGGGAGAGAAGCCCCGGAGCUCCCGAAUGCCCAUUCCUGGGUGUGCAGCAGAGCUGGCCAUUGCAGCUGCGGAGGAGAGGACUGCACUGCGAGCUGAGCGGGAACAGCCCCUUGCCAUCACUCAGGCCCCACGGGCACGGGAUGCUCACAAUGCCAAUGGCUGAGGGUGCCUCGGGGGCUGCUGCUGGAGGAGCCAGAAACGCACAAGGAGCAUUUGAGGCACGGCAAGGACAGCUCCUGGCUCUGCCUGCUCCCGCCGCCUCUCCCUUUGCUCCCGCCGAGAGUCGUUUCCGGCAGCUCCGUUCUCUCUCGGGGCUGGGACUCCGGCAGCUCUGUUCUCUCUCGGGGCUGGGACUCCGGCAGCUCUGUUCUCUCUCGGGGCUGGGACUCCGGCAGCUCCGUUCUCUCUCGGGGCUGGGACUCCGGCAGCUCUGUUCUCUCUCGGGGCUGGGACGUGCUUUCUGCCUCACUCAGCAAACACUUGGUCACUCAGCAGCUUGCUCUCGGCAUGCACCUGGCAUAUCUCAUCCUCACCGUCUUCCUGGGCCAGCUCCUGGGCUCCACGGGGCAGGACACAGUCACCCAGGAAGAUGGACCAGUCACGGUGAAGCAGGGACAGCCCUUCCACACCACCUGCAAAUACCACACCAGUUAUUUUACUGCCUUGCUCUGGUACCAGCUGAGGAAAGGCCAAGCCCCACAGCUGAUCUCCUAUCAAGCAGGGACUGGCCUCAGGCCCAGUGGCCGAAUCACCACAUACCUGAACACCACGAGCAAAUCCAGUGUCCUGCGGCUGGAGGAAGUGGAGCUCUCUGACACUGCCUUGUACCUCUGUGCUGUGCAAGACACCCUGGUGCAGAGAGCUUCCUCAGCUGUGCAACAACCCAGGGCAGGGAGGGGAUGUGUCAGUGCAAGGCUGAGCUUGGGGAAGGACCCUGAUGGCACCCCCGUGCUCACCAGAAUUUGCAUCCACACGUGUGUACGAUGGUCUGAUGGUUUUGAUUACGUCCAUCCUGACACUCCCCUUGGGAAAGGAUUUUGGACUACUUUGACUCAUUUCCAUCCUAUUGUGCAGUCUGUAAGGAAAGAAAAAUAUCCCCUGUGCUUGCCUGGGACCUUGUCCAUCCACGCUCCAGCCCUGCUGCUUUUGGCCCCACGUGUCCUCAGCAGAGCCCAGGCCUGGUUGUGUGUUGCUGCCUGGGGUGCCCUUGGAGCAGCCCCGUUUGCAUGGACACACGUGAAGCACGGAUUUGUCUGUGGCUCCCCACUGGACAGCACGGCCCUGUGUGUGUCCCUGAUCGGGAGGGAAUGUCCUGACCAUGCCAGGGACAGCGAGCACUGUCCUGGCCCUGAACAGCAGAGAGCAGCAGCUGCCCAGGCUCACAAACAGCCUGAGAGCGGCUGA